GGGAUGUGAGACAGAACCACAAGGACUACAAUCAGGUUCUCCUCGAUGUCAGGAGGUCAAUGAAAAGGUUCCCUAAAGGUAUGCCCGCCUCAGAGAGGUCUGUGCUUCAGGAGCAGUUGAUCGACAUCAUCCUGGAGGUGUUAAAACGCAACCCUCAGCUCCAUUACUACCAGGGCUACCAUGACGUGGCCGUCACUCUGCUGCUAGUGGUUGGAGAGCGCAUGGCCAUUGCUAUGUUGGACACACUCUCCAAUUAUCACCUAAGAGAUUUUAUGGACCCGACCAUGGACAGCACUAAGCACAUCUUAAACUACCUGAUGCCCAUAUUAGAACAAGUUGAUGUAGAGCUGCAUGACUUCUUGAUCAGGUAUGUACAGAAUAUAAACAAUUUUAAAUUAACUUUUGCAAGUGAUGCAAUUGCAUUUUUGUAUUAAAAGUUCCAUAAAUGUAAAGUUGUGUUAAACUGA